GAGGACAAGGAGCAUUGUGAGGAGUAUGGGCGCAUGCUCAAUGCGGACCCUGCAAAGGUGUCCAUGAAGGCGAAGAAGCGGGGACUGCCACAGCUGGGCACGCUGGGCGCGGGCAACCACUAUGCGGAGAUCCAGGUGGUGGAGGAGAUCUUCGACAAGCACAACGCCUACAAGAUGGGCAUCGAGCGCUGCGGACAGGUGUGCGUGAUGAUCCACAGCGGCAGCCGGGGCUUCGGGCACCAGGUGGCCACCGGUGAGGGAAAGCUUCCGCAGACGCAGUCCAGCCGUUACGAUUCCCUAUGCCUGAGAUCGGCCACAAUACCACCUGCACAUACCGUUUGCAACUGA